CCGCGAGCCGUCGGUCGGGAAGUAUCGUUCCGUCUUUCCUCCUCCGAAGUCUCCUCUCUCUCUCUCUCUCUCUUUCUCUCUCUCUCUCUUUCUCCGCCUGUUGUUUUCCAGCUCGAUUUCCUGCGCGAAGUUUGGGAAUGUGUCCCGCGCGACCUCGUUGAAUGUCAGUGAGUCGUUGGUAGCGAGCCAGAACAACAGAGGGGUCUGAGAGUCGGUUGUAGCCAGAGGCCGGCAACAUGAGGAACUCGACGUUACUGAAAUGGGCGCAGAAUUCGGCGAACAAUAAAAAUCAGCCGAGUAAAAACGGAGGAACGAGUAGGAACUGGAUACACCCACCGGACGCGCUCCAAAAAGGACAUAUCGCCUACCUAGUCAAGUAUUUGGGCAGCACGGAGGUGGACCAACCGAAAGGCAUCGAGGUCGUUAAGGAGGCGAUCUGCAAGCUGAAAUUCAAUCAGCAGCUCAAGAAGAGCGAAGGCACGAAGACCCCGAAGGUCGAGCUCACCAUAAGCAUCGAUGGCGUGGCGAUACAGGAACCAAAAACGAAAACGACGCCCAAGCGAAUUAUGCAUCAGUAUCCGUUACAUAGAAUCUCGUACUGCGCCGACGACAAGGGGGAGAAGAAGUUCUUCAGUUUCAUCGCGAAGGAGGAGGACGCGGAGAGGCAUACAUGCUUCGUUUUCGUCAGCGACAAACUAGCCGAGGAGAUCACGCUCACCAUCGGCCAGGCCUUCGAUCUGGCCUACAAGAGGUUCCUGGAAACGUCCGGCAAGGAUUUAGAGACGCAACGACGUUGUAUGGUGCUGCAGCAGAAGAUAAAGCGACUCGAACACGAGAACAACGUUUAUCGGCAACGAUUGCAGGAUGUCGCGGCUAUUAAAGGCUCGGCGGAUGUAUCGGCGUAUCUAUCGCAGCAUAAUAUACCAGAUAUUCUUCACGUACCUGGAGCUUCUACGGAUUCACCGCAGGUCAAUGGUACGAUUAUCAAGCCGUUGCUGAACAUGAGCGACAGCAACGGAAAUACAUCUAAUGGACCUCAACAGCCGCCGCCGGUUCCGCCGAGAAGUUUCGAGAAGAGUUUUGACGAUGAUUUCAUGGGAAAUGAGCCAGCGCCAAUGCCGUCGGUUGGCACCAAAUUAGAGGGAUUGUUGAUGGACGAGUUUGAGGAGGAUUUCAAUCCACGAGCUUACGAGACCGCAGCCAACGGUCUCGCCAAUCAUCAGUCGAAUAACAAUCCGCUCCUUAACGGUCAGAUAUCUUCGGGAUCAAACUUCUUUUCGCAAUCUAACGGCACAAUCAGUCCUCCGCCCCUGUUGGCACCACCACCAAAGACGAAAGACUCGAGACGUCAAAACGGAAUCAAGGAAGAUCUGUUUGGUAGCAUUCCUUUUAAUCCUACGCCGACUUUAAAUAUGAAGAAUGAUUUCAAGGAUCCAUUUGAAAUGGGAGAAUUUGGAGCUUCGACCAUGACAUCUAAUCCUAGCCAACAAGAACUGGAAAACGCUAUCGGCCUGUUAGACAAGAAGCUGCUGGAGAUGAAGGACGGUUUUAGUAGAGGGCUGUGCAUCGGAACUGACGACUUUUCUUUGGAGAGCUUGGACCCGCUGCGAAAUUAGGCUCGACAAUCAGAAAUCGGGCGCUACGAGCGUUCGAAUGAGAACUUUAUUAAUGCUCUUAGGAUGCAGAGUACGAAAUACCAAUUAACGGAUGAAGCAAAUUAGGGAUUAUGUCCGUGUAAAACCAAAAUUAGUCAAUUAUUACUAUUACCCUACUCGUAUAUUUAUGAACAUGUUCGAUAUUUAUGGUACACAUAUGUGAAAUAAUUCUAUACGCGUGUAUCCUACACUCGCUGGUAUUCUACGCUAUUCUAUCCGUCGCUUUAGAACUGGGGUCCAAUCUGAACGACGUACCGAAAACGUGUUAUCGUUGUUAAUGAUCAGUCAGUGAGAGGAGAUCUCAAGUCGAUCGUUAGAGUGGAAUGAGACAUUAUUCUAAUCGAGACAACAUAAAUCGUUUAGACGAGACUUUGUUAUAUAUAUGUAUACAAUUUUUAAGUAUAUGCUUUUAAGUAUACAUAUGUAUAUACUUGCAAAGAUCUUACCGUGAAUCUCGUAUCGACGAUGGUAUGCUUGCGUCUUUCAUAUUUUUUAACGAGAUACUGAGAAAGAACUAAUGAAUGCUAUAAUCCUGUAGCCGUGGAAUUGGAGAAAUGGUGACGGCCGGGCAAUCUCUUACAUUCUAAAGCUACAAUUAAGAAAGGUUGGUAACAUUGUGCGUUUUACACUCGGCCUAGGUUGAUUUAAACUCAUCACAUCGUUCAAUCGUCUGUCGGAAAGUGAGCUAGUAAAUGAAGAAAAAGAGAACGGAGCACUAACCGUUGUAGCGUUUAGAGAUCACACUAAUAAUACGAACGCGUAGCUUUCAUAGUCUGUCGAUUGAACUCAUACCCUCGGUACCGUAGAGUGGGGUAACAUGGAACAAGGGGGCAAGUUGGAACAAAACUUCCAAUUUCGUAUUUAUGCAUUAGAACCGGCAACGUCUGCAAGAAAGCAUUCGAGUUCAACGCUAGUUUGGUUUAGCCUAUAUGUACGCUCAAUAAAUGAUAAACCUUACAUCAUUAUAAGUUCUGUGCUUUUUUGGAAGUUUUGUUCCAACUUGCCCCCUUGUUCCAUGUUACCCCACUCUACGGUAUAUCCUCUUUCUUUGGUCCGUCGUACAUACCUUCACCUUUCUUUUAACGCGCGAACAUAAGUGGAAGGGAAAAAAAAUAUUCAAUUGUAAAAGAGAACUCUUGGCUGUAGAGUUUACGGGAAUCUCUACGUGUCGCGAACCGACCAAACGUAAGGCGUUAAACGAGCUCACGUUUAUUGCCGUAGAGAGGAUUAGUAAUUAUGUACAUAUGAAAUAUUAUUGUUGCUAUAUUGUUUAAGAUAUAAUAGUUAAGAAUGUAGCAUAUGAUUAUUACAACAGAAAUAUUCAACCUCCAAUGCGUCUUCCUUAUACUGUAUAUUAAAUCUCGAAGUAUUUCAAGUUGUA